AUGGUCAAUGUCGCCGUUAUUGGAGGAACAGGCCUCUGUGGCUCAGCCUUUGUGAAGCUCCUGUCUUCAGCACCAUCAGUUGAGAAAGUCACAGCUUUUACACGAUCACCUCUUCCAGAAAACCUACAAUCCCCUAAAAUUGAAAAUAUUGUCAAGGAUAGCAAGGAGUGGACUUCUUCAAUUGAAAGUCUUGAGAACACUGACAUUUUUGUGUCAGGGUUUGGAACAACCAGACAUGUGGAUCCCACUUAUGAAAUAGACACUGGUGUCAAUAUUGAGUCAGCCAAGGCUGCUAGAAAAGCUGGUGUCAAUACUUUUGUUUUAGUUUCGUCUUUUGGUGCUAGUGCCGGCAGUCGAUUCCCUUAUAUGAAAAUGAAGGGACAAAUUGAAGAUGAGAUCAUAGGACUGAAGUUUCCAAGAACGGUAAUUCUAAGACCUGGCUUACUGCUUGGUGACCGUGAGAAGCCCAAAUCAGGCAAGUUUCUUCUAACACUUAGAAAAUCUCUCAGGGGAACUUUCCUAGAUCGAUUUGUAAGGGGAACUUAUGGUGACGAAGUUGCCAAAGCUGGACUGUACGAGGCUUUCAAACCGCUGACCCCUGGCGCUGAGCCUGAAGUGAUCAUUGUGGAAACUCCUGUUGCCACUGCUCAGAAGUACGAAUAA